AUAGGUCAGGGGGGAAAACCUGCCCCGCGCAUAUAUAUAGCGAGAGAUUCCCCCACGCGCGCUGUUGUGGCACUUUCGAGCGGCCUCGCUUGGAUCGCGGCGGCGGUUUCCCCAAAGACAGCCCGAGCCGGUGGCGCUACCAGCGGGCAGCAGCGGCAAAUAAUUGGGCAUCGCCGGCCGUCCCACCUGCAGCGGCUGUCGAUGUUGAUGCCAAGCCCAGCUCAGCCUCCCCGCCAGCCCCAUGUCCCGGGAGAGGACAGAUUCUCGGGACAGGCAGUUGCUCUCUUGAUACCAAGUCCGCCUUGCCUGCCAGACCCCUUCCAGCGCCGGCUCUGAGCCCCGAGUUCGGACUCGGCAAGGGAUUCCCUCUCGCUCUCGCUGCUCCUCUCCUGCCCUCUCCCUCUCCGUUCUCGCCAGCCCUCCGGUUGGGCUUCUCCAUGGCCCCCUUAGCCGAAGUGGGGGGUUUCUUAAGUGGCCUGGAGGGGAUGAGCCAGCAGGUGGGCUCCCAUUUCCUUCUGCCUCCUGCCGGGGAGAGGCCGCCCCUGCUAGGGGACCGCCUGACCCAAGCGGAGGGGGGAUCCCGAGGGGGCGUCGCGGCUGGGGCCACGGAUUUAGCCCACCUGCAGGGCAUCCUACGCCGAAGACAGCUGUAUUGCAGGACUGGCUUCCACCUGCAGAUCCUGCCCGACGGCAGCGUUCAAGGCACUAGGCAAGACCACAGCCUCUUCGGUAUUCUUGAAUUCAUAAGUGUGGCCGUGGGAUUAGUCAGUAUUCGAGGAGUGGACAGUGGCCUUUACCUUGGAAUGAAUGAGAAAGGAGAGCUUUAUGGCUCUGAAAAGCUCACUCCUGAAUGUGUCUUCAAAGAACAGUUUGAAGAGAACUGGUAUAACACCUACUCCUCCAACGUGUACAAGCAUGGAGAUUCAGGCCGGAGAUACUUUGUGGCACUUAACAAAGAUGGCAGUCCCAGAGAUGGGGCAAGGUCCAAAAGGCAUCAGAAAUUCACCCAUUUCUUGCCUAGACCGGUGGAUCCCGAAAGAGUGCCGGAGCUCUACAAGGACCUGUUAGCAAUCAGUUGAAGACAACCACAGAGAAAAACAGGAUCUUAACCUCUACAGUUCCAAAAGCAAGAACAACUUCUAAAUGUUGAAAAUUAUUGAGAUCUAGAAAGCAGGCAUCAGUGAAGCUGUUUAGUGGUAGACAAGCCUUCAUGCCUAAUCUCUGGAUUUAGGAGAAUGGAUAUUAAAGUCUAGAUGACCAGCCUCUUUUAGGUACACUCAUUCUGUGCUAGUCAAGAAGAUGCUUGAACUGGACUUAACAAAACUGCUCUGGAUCCUGUACUUGGAGCAUAAAUAAUUACCUAAAGUGAAUGGGAGUUGGCUGUAGAUAAGAAGGAAAAAAUGGCUGGUUAACAUCAUUGAUAACCAUGUGGAUGGUUAACAUGGAGCUUUAUGAAGACUGUGGUAACUGGGAAGCAAAAUCUGGAUUUAUUUUUUCCUUCAGGAUGGACCUAAUUUAUAUAUCUUCAGAGUGCAUAUAUUUAUUUUAAAUAUUUAUUUAUUACAGAGUUUAUUUUUUAUUGGUCUAUGAAGAGAGUUGAACCCUAUACUACAAUAAAAAUCAUUUACAGUGCCAAUAUUUACUCCCAAAGUAGUAUCAUUGUGCAAAAAGGGAACAU